ACUACACAUUUUUGGAGUACAGAUGAACUACAUAGUAUGAGUUGUAGCCCAAAACGUUUUCUUUGCAGAAAGAAAAAAAUUCUUUUUUUUUUUGUGGCUGUGGAAAAAUUUUUUUAUUUUUUUUUGGCUGUGGAUUUUUUAUAUUUUUUUUUUUAUUUUUUUUUUGGCGGCGUAUUUUUUUAUUUUUUAUUGUUUAUUUUGUUUUUUUUUUUUCUACUUAUAAGAUUUU